CAGUCUUUAUCAUGACACAUCUUCAGUAUAAGGAAAAGCUUCCUCUGUAGGAGAGUUUUAUUUGUUAACCUUGGGGACAUGGCGGCUUCGCCUCAGCGUUUUUUUGAAGUAAACAGCUCCUGAUAUUGGUAAGGACAGAUUGCUCUCCACUAAAUGUGUGCCGUAUAUUGUCCUCAGCUAGCUUGAAGCUCAGCAGCUUGCUGAAAGAGAGCUUCAGAAGCUACUGUCAGCUAACGUAGCUAACUGACCGAAUCCGUACCGCUGUGGUGAUACAUGCACCAAGGACAGCAGCUAAUGGGACCAACUGUUGAUCUUACAUUGUCAGGAUAUGUCAAAGAGUAGCACCAGAAGUAAGCCUGCAGGGAAACUGACCUGAAUUUACCAGAUGCAAAGAUGAACACACCCCCCUUAUGGUUUUCCAUGCAUCUCACCUGGAGUGGGAGGGUUUUUUGAAAAAAAGGAGCGAGGUCGAAGAAACAAUUGUGGAGUAUUAACUCGAGUCAUGAAUCUCCAUCAAGUCCUAACGGGGGCUGUCAACCCUGGAGACAACUGCUUCUCUGUCGGGAGCAUAAACAAUGUGCCUUUCACGGCCUAUGCGUCGGGCUGUGAUGUGGUGAUUUUGGGCAGUAAUUUUGAGCGGCUGCAGAUCAUCCCAGGUGCCAAACAUGGCAACAUCCAGGUCGGCUGUGUCGACUGCUCACCCCAGGGUGGACAGAUUGCAGCUUCCUAUGGAAGCAUCGUCUGUGUGUUUGAGCCUGUUCAGCUUCAAGAUCAAAAAGACGCAUCAUUGUCUAAAUUCAGCUGCCAGUGGCAGAAGACGGGUCAGUUUGUGUUGGAGUCCGUGGUACGGAACCUGGCCUGGAACCCCACAGGCAGCACUCUCUUAACGGGCUCCAGUAGCCUCCAGUUGUGGGCUAAUGAUGACUGUGAAAAAGAUGAAAGCAAGGGACGGGGAACGCGGGCAGAAAUGACCAUCCGAGACUCUAAUUCUGCCUGGAGAUGCAUCUGGCAGAGCAAGACGGCCUCCCCGGUCAGUUUCAUGAAGUUCUCUCCUGAUGGGGAAUUCUUUGCUACUGCUGGACAGGAUGAUUGCCUGGUAAAAGUGUGGUACAGCACCACUAAGUGGAAAUCAUCUGUGGCCCGACUUUUCACACCUCCAGAGGCCAGUACUAGUAUUCAGGGAGAGCUGGUCUUUUCAUUUGUGUACCUUGCACAUCCCCGCUCUGUUACUGGUUUCUCCUGGAGGAAGACUAGCAAGUACAUGCCUCGAGGUGCGGUCUGCAACGUUCUGCUUACCUGCUGUAAAGACAGUGUCUGUCGGCUCUGGGCAGAGACGCUGUUGCCCGGUGACAGCCUCCUUUCUGGUCACCAUAACAACCACAAUUCUGGCCAUAACAGUGAAACAGGCUACCCUUGGAAAAAAACGUGUAAUGGGAAGACACAAGGAACAACACUGCAAGAAUUUAAUUUUCAGGAGUCGUGGCAUUCCUCCUUCUAUCGGGACAUUCCCCAGCCCUCCCUGACCGGCUGCGUGCCUCAUCAUCAGAACCGACACUCGAGCCACAAGAGGAGUGGCAUGCCCCAUGCUAAUGCCCUCUGCCACUUCCAUAUCGCCGCUAGCAUCAACCCCGCCACAGACAUUCCUCUGCUGCCCUCCAUUUCCUCUUUGAGUACCGUGGACGAUGAGGAACCUGGGGGUCCAUUUAUUGUCCACUGGCUAAACAACAAAGAGCUAAAUUUCACUCUGGCGAUGGAAGUCUUCCUACAGCAGCUGAGAGGCACUUUAGAACAACAGAGUGAAUGCUCUAACGGAGAGCCUGAUGUUGAAGAAAACUCAGAUGAAGAAGAUAACAGUACCAAGCCGAGUGACCUCAAAGGUUUUGGAGACUUUGACCUUCCCGUUGCUGCUGUGGAGCACCAAGUGGACGUUUUGUUAGAGGAGUGGAAUAAAGGGGCCGAUAUGCUGUUCAGUAUACAUCCCAUGGAUGGCUCCCUGUUGGUCUGGAAUGUGGACUGGUUAGAUGAAUACCACCCGGGCAUGUUCAGGCAAGCUCAGGUGUCCUUUGUGUCCCGCAUCCCUGUAGCGUUCCCGACAGGUGACGCAAUCUCCCUGAGCCACAGUGUGGUUAUGUAUGCCUGCAACAAGAAUGUGGAUUUGGCCAUCCAGCAUGGCAGGCAGCGGCUGCCCGGGGGCUCAUUGUCCCAAGCCAAAUCUGCUCUAAUCAGCUACGGAGGUCAAGGAAAAGCUGCCCUUGGGAGUAGUCUUCGACUCAGCAUUUUUACCCCCAACGUACUCAUGAUCUCCAAACACGACGACGGCUCUCUGAAUCAGUGGGCGGUCAGUUUUGCAGAGGACUCUGCGUUCUCCACUGUGCUCAGCGUCUCCCACAAAUCCCGCUACUGUGGCCACCGUUUCCACCUGAACGACCUGGCCUGUCACUCAGUUCUUCCUCUCCUCCUCACCACCUCACACCACAAUGCCUUGAGGACACCAGAGGCAGACAGCAUCCUGGCUCCUCCAGAGGCCUUUUCCACCGGUGUCUCGUAUUCCACAUCUCUGCCUUGUGGAUCCCGGCCCAGCCGGGUGUCCUUAGGGGGAGUUUCUCAGGACCCCAAUGCAAUAUACAGUGAGCUGAUUUUAUGGCGAGUGGACCCAGUAGGCCCACUGUCUCUGUCAGGCGGGGUCUCGGAGCUCGCUAGAAUAAAUUCUCUUCACGCAUCAGCGUUUGCUAAUGUGGCCUGGCUGCCCACGCUCAUUCCCAGCAGCUGCCUCGGUGUGUACUGUAACUCCCCCAGCGCCUGCUUUGUGGCAAGCGACGGCCAAUCCCUCAGACUCUAUCAGGCUGUCAUUGAGGCAAAGAAACUCCUGAGUGAGCUUUCCAACCCUGAGAUAUCAAAAUAUGUCGGUGAAGUGUUCAACGUCAUCAGUCAGCAGUCCACAGCAAAACCAGGCUGCAUCAUCGAGCUGGAUGCCAUAACUGACUUUCAGGGGAAGGAGACCCAGCUCCUGCACGUCUUUGAGGAGGAUCUUAUCCUCGGAAAUGUGAGAACGGGACACGCUCACACAACUUCUGAUUCUCCUCGAAACGCCUGUAGUGGGCCUUCCUUUUUGGCACGUUUCUUCCUUGUGGUGGUAGAAUUGACCCCAGCAGGACGCUCACUCCUCCAUAUGUGGCAUCUCCAUCUCGCUGCUCGACCUGUUACUAUGGAUGAAACUGCAACACAGAAGGAAACCGCCACUACUUCUCCAAUGAACAGUUCUCAGUUUGUCUUUGACACACUGAGUUCUCCCGUUAUUCAGAGGAAUAAAACCUGCACUUCAAAUCUGCAGAGCGCCUGUCGCCUCACUCUCACGACACACAAGCUUUGCAGUCAAGAGUUGGCUCUUCCAGCAGGAGUGGAAGCUAUCAGUGUCACUCCCUCAGCAGGUCACCUGAGUGCGUCCUGCUCUCUCCCAGCUGGCCCUGUGCCUUAUCUCCUUGCUACUUCCUGUUCUGAUGGAACGGUGCGCUUCUGGAGAUGUAAUGUGGCGACAGCAGAACCUCCCAGUACAGACAGCGCGGCGUACCAGUGGAAGGAGUGGCCUCUCCUGGUUGAGGAUAGACUUCCUAAUAGCAGCGCAGUUAGCGUGCCGGGUCGGCCCAUCAAGGUGAGCUGCUGUCACACAGGACGGAUCGCUGUGGCCUACAGGCAGACGCCCAGCUCACCUCUGAACGCCUCACCUCAUCCCAACUCUCUUGGACUGCCACCUUCUCCUCCUGCUAUGGCGUCUUCUCCAUACGUGUACACCAACACCCUCUUGACGCCGACACUGAUUGUUUAUCCUGCUUCAAGCCACGGUCUAAGUCCAAACCGUGGAAAUGCGAGAGAACCGCCGGUUCACAUUAGUAUCUUCCAGUGUGAGUCAACAGGUGGUUCGCAGUGGAUUCUGGAGCAAUCUAUUGUCUUGGAGAACAUGGAUCCCACAACUCAUUCUGUCAACCAAAACAAUGAGACUGGAAGUGCCAAUAUUCCAAGUAACACAGACUUCUCUGCACCCAACAAGAACUGUUUUGGUUCUUCGUGUAACAGCGUGGUUCACUUGGACUGGGUUUCCCAGGAGGAUGGUUCACACAUUUUAACCGUUGGCAUUGGGACAAAGAUUUAUAUGUAUGGGCGUCUUUCUGGAAAGCCUCCUGAUCUGGUUCUGUCUUCUGAUGCCAGUAGAGACCAAAGGUUGUCUCGUCUGGUUCUGCUUCGAUCAGUCAACCUGGUCUCGUCCGUUGAGGGCUCAUUACCUAUCCCCGUCUCCCUCUCUUGGGUCAGAGAUGGGAUCUUGGUUGUGGGUAUGGACUGUGAGAUGCACGUCUACUCCCAGUGGCAGCCCCCAGUGCCUCCCAAACCUAAUAUCACAAUUGUCCAAGACCCAGAUAUCAGCAGUAGCAUGUCCUCCAUAACCUCAGCUGUCAGACAGUGUCAGGAGGAGGCUUUCAGCUCUGGGGCUCCCACAUCAUCAUUGACCCUUCCGAAAAGGUCCCUAACGAGAUCGAUGAUGAGCUUGGCUCAGAAGCUCAGUGGAAAGAAGACGGCUUAUGACCUGCCUGUUGAGAUGGAAGACUCUGGGCUUUUUGAUGCUGCGCACCAACUCUUUCCCACUCUGCCCCAGUAUCACCCUGUACAGCUACUGGAGCUCAUGGAUCUAGGGAAGGUUCAUAGGGCUAAAGCCAUCCUUUCCCACCUGGUGAAAUGCAUUGCUGGGGAAAUUAUAACACUUAAAGACAGUAACACCAAUCCCGAGAAACGCCUGCGUUCUCGAACCAUUAGUGUCGGCGGCAGCACAGCUCGGGAUCAGAAGAUCUUCAGCAAGGCCGAGAGCACACACCCCGACUACACCGAGAUAAGCUCUGUCCCGCCACUGCCUUUGUACGCCCUUCUGGCAGCUGAUGAGGACACACCACAACUUGAUAAAGCUGGCAGUGUGAGUGGAGAUAGUGGGCAUGGUUCCAGUCAGACCGAUGCCUAUGAUGAGCUCUUUCACACACCCAACAUGGUGGAUCUGGACCCUCUGGACAACGAUCAGGAGGAAAUGGGGAAUAAGGUUAUAGACCUGUCUCAGUACAGCCCCACAUACUUUGGCCCAGAACAUGCCCAGGUUCUGUCCAGCCAUCUCCUCCACUCCAGUUUGCCUGGAUUAACUCGAAUGGAGCAGAUGUCUCUGAUGGCCCUGGCCGACACGAUUGCUACCACAAGCACAGACCUAAAGGAUAACCAGAGCAAAAAACAAGGUGGAGAGACAUUGGAUGAAUGUGGUCUGAAGUUCUUGCUGGCUGUCAGGCUCCAUACCUUUCUCUCAACCUCCCUGCCUCCAGCACACCGAGCACAGCUGCUACGUCAAGGUCUGUCAACUUGUCAUUAUGCCUGGGCUUUCCACUCUGAAGCUGAGGAGGAGCUGCUGAACAUGCUUCCCCCCCUGCAGAAAGGAGAGCCCACAUGGCCGGAGCUGCGCUCCAUGGGUGUGGGCUGGUGGCUACGCAGCACGGACAAGCUGCGCAGGUGUAUCGAGAAGGUUGCCAAGGCUUCUUUUCAGAAAAACAAUGAUCCUCUGGACGCAGCUAUAUUUUACCUUGCAAUGAAGAAGAAGGCAGUGGUUUGGGGACUGUACAGGUCUCAGAAGAAUGCCAAAAUGACAGAUUUUUUCCGCAACAACUUCAGCGAGGACAGGUGGAGGAAAGCAGCCCUGAAAAAUGCGUUCUCUCUUUUGGGAAAGCAGCGGUUCCAGCAUUCUGCAGCCUUCUUUCUUCUAGCGGGCUCCCUAAAGGAUGCUGUGGAAGUGUGCAUAGAGAAAAUGCAGGACCUACAGCUGGCCUUAGUGAUCUCCAGAUUGUAUGAGUCAGAGUUUGAGAUUGCUUCCACCUACAAAAAGAUCCUUCAGAGGCAUGUUCUGGGUCAAGACAAACAGAUUCCAGCCCAUCCAGAUCCGUUCCUCCGAAGCAUAGCUCACUGGGUGCUGGAAGAUUACAGCAGAGCACUGGAUACUCUUAUCGAGCAGCCUGCUAACUGCAAACGCUCAGAGUUCUCUGAGAGCAGAAGUGACACAGGUUCUUCUGCUAGGUCUUCAUGCAAUCCUGAGGUUUUCAACUUUUACAUUUACCUCCGUACACACCCACUUCUCCUCCGGCGCCAUUUUGGCUCCUCGGACAAGGCUAAAGUCGGUCUGACUGCUGAAGGUCGCCGGGCCGACUCCAUCAGCCUUAUGGAGAGGAGGUUGUUCUUCACAGCUGCGUAUGCACAUCUGCAUGCAGGGUGCCCCAUGCUAGCACUUGAAAUCCUUUCCAAAAUGCAGAAAGUUCACAAGCAUUCUAAGCACUUUAACCGGGAGGACACCGACAUCACAGCUGAACUGAGUGUUGGGAGUAGGACUGGACAAACGACUGACUGGUCUCCACCAGCUCUGAACGGCUACGAGUCCGAUAAGAACAGCUUAUCCAAUAGCCGAUCAGAUUCAGUUCUGAGUUUUGAUUGGAGCCAGCCGUCUGUGACCCUUCCAGAUGAACCCUUGGAGCUGAAGUGGGACAGUGACAAAGAAGAUGAUGAUCAGGAGGAAGAGGAGGAGGACCAUGCAGGAAAAAAAGAAGGCAAAUCUGUUAAAAACGCAGACAACAGUGUGUUUCAGGACACACACGAUGCCCUGUCGACAAUAAUGGAAACCGGGACCAGUGAGGAUAGUGAAGACAGCAAUGACUACAUCGCACCAUCUGAUGACAUUUUGGUGGCCCAUCUUAAAUUCACCGCUUGCUUGAAGAUUAUGACAAAUGAGCUCCGGACACUAUCGACUGGAUAUGAACUGGAUGCAGGGAAACUGCGGUACCAGCUCUGCCAGUGGUUGGAAAGAGAGGUGGUGGCUCUUCAGCAUUGCUGUAACUACACCCCUUACCUGCCAGAGCUGUCUGUCCAUGAUGAUGCCACCGCUUCUGGAUUGGUGGAAGAGGAACAGCCUGGAAGCCCCCGUGGUGACAGCCAAAAAAAGAGGAGACAGUGGCUGCUGAGUAACCAGCCUUUACUGAGGAUGUUUCUGAGCUACUGCAGCUUACACGGCUCCCAUGGUGGAGGUCUGGCUUCUGUACGCAUGGAGCUCAUAUUGCUACUUCAGGAGUCUCACCAGGAUGACUCCACCAAGUCCUUGGCAGCACUGAGUUCCCAGCCCUCAUCCAUCCCUCUGCUCAUGGCUUGCACAGUAAAUGUAAAGACUGUGGUGGCCAACCCCACUGUCUACCUGACCAACCUGACCCAUGACAUCCUGCAGACCAUCAAUGCACUCGACUCGCCACCACAUCCUGAUGUUGUGAACAAUGAGAUCUAUGUGAUGCACACCUUGGCUGCUUCUUUGUCUGCCUGUAUAUAUCAGUGUCUUUGUGAUGAACACACAUAUAGCCAUGUGAACCAUUUCACAGGAACUGUGUACCAGAGUGUUUUGCUGUCUCAGAAGCAACCAGUCAAAAAUGUCAGCGUGGAGGAAUCUGUUCAGGCCAACACCUCUCCUGCUCAGUGGCCAGGUAUCGCCUCUCUUGUUCGUCUGUUGAGCUCGGCAGGAGAGGAGAGCCAGCCGGGCCUGGCUGUGUUGCUCUGUGAAAUCCUGACUGCGGUCUUCCUCAGUCUGUUUGUUCAUGGCAUGGCGACGCACUCCAGUAAUGAGCUGUUUCGCAUAGUGACCCACCCUCUCAACAGCAAGCUCUGGGUGACGGUGUUUGGGGGAGGUGCUCGGAUCCCUCUGAUAGAGAAGCCCAGCAGUCCCAUGAGAACCCCCCCGCCAGACACACCGAAUGGCGCAGACAGGAAGCCCAGACGAUUCAGGCUCCUGUCAUCUCGCAGUGGAUCCAAGGAAGAGUCUGGGAUUGAGCGGGAGGGGCCAUCCAGUCCCAAGCAUGGCCCUGUUGUGGAGCAGGAAGCUACCUCCAUCUUUAAAGAACAGUUUGUCCCUCCAGAGCUCAGCAUUUGGGAUUACUUCAUUGCUAAGCCUGUGCCACUGCCGUCAGAAAACAAGGUGGAAUACGACUCAGAGGAAAGUCACAGCAGCCACGAUGAAGACGAAGAAGAUGAUGAAUGUGAAGAUGUGUUUGACCCCAAUUCCCCCCAAAGAGAGCACUCAAACCACAAUUCAUACAGCUGGUGCUUGAUGCGUCUGGCCAUGGUUCAUCUGGUCUUGGUCAACCUAAAGUCCUUUUAUCCAAUGGCAGGAUAUGAUCUAUUAGAUUUGCCCGUUGCGUCCCCUCUGUGUCACGCUGUGCUGAAAACACUGCAGCGCUGGGAGCAGGUGCUGCAGAAGAGGCUGGAGCUCUUCGGGGGCCCUCCUUCCAAGUACAUCUCCACUCACCUCCAGGAUGAAGCUGCCAGUCCUGGCCCUGCCCUGCUCAGACACAAAGCCUUAUUUGAACCAUCCAACACCCCAUUCAGAAGCAUCCACCAUUCGGCGCUGCCUGUAAAGCGUUUAUGGCAAUAUUUGGUGAAGCAGGAAGAGGUGCAGGAGACUUUCAUUAGAAAUAUCUUUACCAAGAAGCCAGGCCCGAAUCAGUCGGUUCAGGACCAGACUGACAAUAUGAAAUGUUCAGGAACGGACGAGACAGGAAACCAUCAGACUGAGUCAGAUCUUGGCUCCCCUGGAGGAAAAGCACGUAUCAUCCACAAAGAAUCUGACAUCAUCACAGCAUUUGCCAUAAAUAAGGCAAACCGUAAUUGUUUAGUCAUGGCCUCCACCCAUGACAUCCAGGAGCUGGAUGUGUCAUCCAUCUUAGCCACACAGAUCUUGACGUGGAUCGAUGACGAUGAGGCUGAAGCCAAAGGCGUGGGUGGCGAUGACUUCCUGGUGGUCCAUGCCCGGGAUGACUUUGCCUCGCUCCACGGCACCACGCCGUACACCCACAGUAGCCCCGGCACACCGAUCAACGUGCCGUGGUUAGGAGGCAUGCAGACCGGCAGGGGGGCAGCCGUGAUGAUCAAGAGAAACAUCAACAAUGUGAGAAGAAUGACCUCGCAUCCCACGCUGCCGUACUACCUGACAGGAGCUCAGGAUGGUAGCGUGAGAAUGUUUGAAUGGGGCCACUCCCAGCAGAUCACCUGCUUCAGGAGUCCCGGCAACUCCCGAGUCACCCGGAUCCGUUUCAACCACCAAGGCAACAAGUUUGGUAUCGUGGAUGCCGAUGGGGGGUUGAGUCUCUGGCAGACCAACACAAGCGGGAACACACCCAAGCCCUACCUGACUUUGCAGUGCCACAACAAGACGGCUCACGACUUCGUCUUCGUGGGUUCUUCCUCUCUCAUCGCCUCGGCCGGCUUUUCAACAGAUAACAGGAAUGUGUGUCUGUGGGACACUCUGGUGACUCCCGCUAACAGCCUCGUUCACGCUUUCUACUGCCACGAGUCUGGAGCCACCGUGCUGGCCAUGGCCCCCCGGCUGCAGCUGCUUAUCACGGGCGGCAGGAAGGGCUGGAUCAGCGUCCUGGAGAUCGCACACAAGCACCAGCGGCAGAGCUUCCAGGCCCACGACUCGCCGGUCAAAGCCCUGGCCGUGGAUCCCACCGAGGACUGCUUCGUCAGUGGAUCGGCCGAGGGCAACAUCAAGGUGUGGAGCCUGGCCACUCAGAGCCCGCUCUACAGCUUCCCCAACGAGCACGCCCGCCAGUCGCUCUUCCGGAACCUGGGCACGGGCGUGAUGCAGAUCGAGGCGGGGCCCAUCAACCACAUCUUCUCCUGCGGCGCCGACGGCACCAUGAAGAUGAGGGUCCUCCCCAACCGCUUCAGCGUGGCCGGCAGCGAGCACAACAGCCACGUCAAGUUCUUCAUCUAGACCAGAAGGCGCCGCCAUUAGCAGCGGCGUCGAGAUAACCGGCGUCACACGUGGGAGC